AUGUCGGGAAACGGUAACAGGUUACCUGGCGCCAAAGCCGGUGGCUCCAAGCAGGGAGAGGCGGACAGCCCAGAUCCGCGCCUGACCCCAGUCGAUCCACGGGGCGCGAAGGAAGAGGCCGGAGCCCGCCAACCUCGACGGCAGAGCGGCGCCCGGUCGCUCCAACGAGAGAAAGGGCCCUACAGAAACCGCGCCUCGGAUACUCUCCGCGUCGCCGCCAUCUUGAAAAGCAGCGCGAUCUCGCGGCAACAGCGAUAG